AUGUUCAACAACUUCCUUGUAUUGCUCAAUGUCAUAUACGCGCCGCCUAAGAAAAAGCACACAGGCAAUAAGGGAGGUAAUCGGGCUCGUUCCACUUCUCUUUCUAUUACAAAUCAAACGGAUGCGAACAAGGAUGGACAAGCUACUCAACGAUCAUCGUCAGUUCCAACUAGUCUCUUAGCAUCAGGUAAUGCACAAUCAGAUCAAGAAGGAAGAUACAGUUCAUUUGACACAGACUCAUCUGAUGAUGAUGAACCAUGUUCUAAAGAAUCAUAUAAAUAUGCAAUGCCAUACACAAGUCAAGGAGCUAUGUCAGAUCCAUGCCCAAUGGACACUGAAACCAAUGGUAGACAGACCACAUCAAAGAAUACAGCUGGAAAUGCACAAACUGCACCAAAUAAAAGAGGUGGAACAGUAUUCCCUGAAAACAAUAAUAGAUGA